UGUUUGUGUCACUCCGCCCACAGUCAAGCUCUCAUAUUCACAGGCAAACAUCAUGAACCGUUAAAAAUGACCAGUUCGAAACAAACACUAAACGCGGACAUGGAUUUACCGAAGCAUAAAGUCUCGUCCUACUGAACUGGUCGUUGUUUAUUCGGCGUCAGAGCGGCUAAUAUGUGGUAUUAGUGAGAGCUGAAGUGUAGAUAAGAGAAAGAUCAUGGCAAACAGCGUCACUCAGGAGUACAUGCAGAUUCCCGCGGUCACUCGCGCGUACACCACUGCAUGUGUCUUAACCACGGCCGCUGUGCAACUGGAGCUCAUCACACCAUUUCAACUCUAUUUCAACCCUGACUUGAUAUUAAAAAAAUACCAGAUAUGGCGACUGAUCACCAACUUCUUGUUUUUUGGACCUCUAGGCUUCAGCUUUUUGUUCAACAUGAUUUUCCUAUACCGAUACUGCCGGAUGCUGGAGGAAGGCUCCUUCCGUGGCCGAACAGCAGAUUUCGUUUACAUGUUCCUGUUUGGUGGUGUUCUCAUGACCCUCUUUGGUCUGUUUUCUAACCUGUUCUUCUUGGGCCAGGCGUUCACCAUUAUGUUGGUUUAUGUAUGGAGCAGAAGGAACCCGUUUGUCCGCAUGAACUUUUUCGGCCUGCUCAACUUCCAGGCUCCAUUCCUGCCCUGGGUGCUCAUGGGCUUCUCUUUGCUGCUGGGCAACUCUAUUGUUAUUGAUCUCCUGGGGAUUGGUGUUGGACACAUCUACUACUUCCUGGAGGAUGUAUUUCCCAACCAGCCAGGAGGCAGAAAGCUGCUUGCCACUCCUGGAAUUUUUCGAUUUUUGUUUGAUCCACCUCAAGAAGAUCCCAAUUACGCCCCUCUUCCAGAAGAUCCGAGUGGGAUGUCCUGGAAUGGACAAGGUGUAGAAGAUCAAAAUGAGGACGAUCUUCAGAGAGACGGAAACUGAAGGUUUUACACCCAGAACUUUUCACGUGCUGUUUGUUGUAUUUGAAGUUUUAGCCUACAUGUGAAGUUGUAACUCAAACUAUGCAAUAGUUGUUGAAGAUGAAGAAAGUGGUCACACUUUCAGAAGUAUCCCACAAAAAGAUUGAAACUUUAUCCACCUUUGUGCCUUUUGUGCUAAUUAAGCGCACAAAAUCCAAAUUUAGCAUUCAGUGCCAUGGACAUCGCGAACAACUUUUACUUUGUUCUGGAAAAAACAAUGCCCGUCUGUUCAAACAAUUGCUGUUUUUUAAAACAACUAGUGUUGAAUGAAUCUCACAGAGCAGCGGUGGCUGGCAGUAAUGGACUUGAAAAGAGAAGCCAUUCAAAUCUCCCAAACCACAAUCUUUCAUUCCGGAGGGGUUGUGAUUUCCACGAGAGGAUACUUUCUUGGGUACAAUACUGUGCCGUAUAUCUUUUUCCUACAAUACAUUGAGUGGUGGCGCAGGUGGACACGUUCACAAAUGUGCCGACUAUCUGAAAUGGCAAAUUAAACUGCAGACUAUGCAUUUCCAAGCCUGUGGCCUUUGUUAGCCCAGCACCGCCGCAAAAUACAAAAGGCUUUGUAUGGUGAAACUGAAAGAUGAGUCUGUGCUUUACAAAAUCUUUUUAAAACCAUAUGUUAAAGGAAGCUCAUGUUUAUCUGAAUAUAUAUAUAUAUAUAUAUAUAUAUAUAUAUAUAUAUAUAUAUAUAUAUAUAUAUAUAUAUAUAUACUAAAUGGGCAAUUAAUAAAGUUUCUUGUUGGAUUUUAA